GUGAUUAAUAAGUACUCGUUUUUAAAACUUGCAGAUUUAUUAAAUAAGUCGAUUGCUUUUAUAAGGGAUAUAUAUCUGCAACUUGAAAAUGAACUCCAACGGGAAAUGGAACAUUUAAGACUUAUACUGGGUCAUAUUGAUAACCAAAAAUCAAAAUUGAAAACUGAGGAAACUGUUUUACUGGCCAUGCUUGGUGAUAGCAGUGGUUUCUCUUCAUUGGAGCUACCGGACGUUGGGUCAUCUGACUUAUCUGAUCUACAAGGAAAACACAUGAACCUUAAAUCAAUAGAUUUAGAUAUUGCUAAUGCGCUGUCUAUUUUAGAAAAUAUGUCUGAUUGUGAGGCGGAAGAUGUUGAACAGACUGCGCAGUCACCACAAUCAGUAGAAGAAUCUUGGAAAGAACCAAUACAACAAUCACCUACAUAUGAUAGUGAUGAUGAUCAUGAGAUUGCUCGAGAAGCCUUAUCCAAAAUGUUGGCAAUUUAUUCACAGUAA